GCAUCACACAAUAUCCUGCAGAUAGAUAUUCAUGAUACCGCAGCAGCAUCGAUCCUCAAUUGCGCCCAUACGACCAUCCGCUUAUUGAGCAGGAAUAACAGCCACCAGGACACUCUUUAAACUCGUCUCUUGUGCCGCCGUUCUAUACCAACUGUCAUCGAAAGUGAAGAAGCGAAUCUUCCAGCGCAUGAACACAACCCCUUCGACGAGACAGCAAUCUCUUUUCCGGAUUCACUCGCCUGGCAUGUCUUCUCAUCACUCUUCUAUUCAGGACCGCACUCCUGAAUUCCGCUCCAUCCUCGCACAGGCACAGAAAUCACUCGCGCGACAGCGGAAACCAGGAUCCGCGCAAGCACAGCCUCUGCUAUCCUUACCAAACGGUACUAGCACACCUCCGACGCGAAAACAACGAAGCGAAUUUGCGCGCAAUGCAGCUGCCAUCGGACGUGGUAUCAGCGCGACAGUCGGCAAGCUACAACGGCUAGGAGAGCUCGCAAAGCGCAAAACACUUUUCGACGACCGGCCGGUCGAAAUUGCGGAAUUGACUUUCGUCAUCAAGCAAGACCUUGCAGGACUGAACCAACAAAUUGGUGCGCUACAGCAAUUACAAAAGACGGUCAGUGGCGGCGCGAAUCCGAAAUCCACCACGGGCGCCGAUCAGGAAGGGGAGCACAACAAAAAUGUCGUGGUAUUAUUACAAGGCCGGCUCGCGGAUGUCGGCGUGAACUUCAAAGAGGUCCUCGAAGUGCGCACAAAGAACAUCCAGGCGAGCCGAAGUCGACAAGAUAAUUUCGUCAGCGCAGUCUCCCAGCAACAACACAAUGGCAUCGCCGGCGCAGCACAUCUGAGCGCCUCCGCGCGAAGCGACUCUCCCUUGUACCAAACCACCACGCGAAACGGUCGUAACAGUCCCAAACCACCAGGCCAUUCCUCCGACCUCCUCACCCUCGAACCGACCACAUCAUCGGCGCUCUACGGCGGCGGCAGCAGCGCGCAACAACAACAGCAGCUCCAACUUCUCGAAGAGGGUGCAACGAGCAACAGCUAUAUCAACCAGCGAGGCGAAGCGAUUGAAGCGAUUGAGCGGACAAUCAACGAGCUUGGUGGGAUUUUCGGACAACUCGCGCAGAUGGUAUCAGAGCAGGCAGAGCAGAUCCAGCGAAUCGACGCAAAUACAGAUGAUGUGGUGGACAACGUGGAAGGCGCACAGAGGGAGCUAUUACGAUAUUGGAGCCGAGUACAGGGCAAUCGCUGGCUGAUUGCGCAGAUGUUUGGAGUCUUGAUGGUGUUCUUUUUGAUUUGGGUCUUCGUGGCGGCAUGAGGUGGGGAAAUUUUCAUCUCUGCCUUUUCGGUGUUGGUUUCCUUUGUACUUUGGACUAGUAUUGCAUGGUGGAUGGAGAUGAUCUGAACGCUGCAAGACGGCGAUGAUUAUCUUAACAUUCUGCUGUCUUUUUUGGCACGUGUGAUCAACUGUUUUGCGCGUUCACAUCCGAGUCAUGGCAUAUGGCGGGUUCCUAGAGACGAUGCGAUUGCAUUUUUUUAUUUUUCUUCUACAUAGAAUAUUCUAAUUUCUGGGAGACGCUCCCAUGUAUAUGACAAUCAACAAGGCCACAAUCUAUACACGAAA